CCGGCCUCCCGUCAUGCAACAGUGGAUGGAAACACCCCGAGGAGGGGCUGCCUGCUUCUUGGUCUGGAACAAUAACUCUCUUCUUGGAACAACCACCGUCUUCUCAGACUGCACAGCUCUCCAAUGCGCUAUUGACGUUUCUGUCUGCCACUGAGAAGGGAUCACCUUACAAGUUACGAUGUCUUCAUCCUCUCUUUUGGGCCCCGUGCCGACCGUUCGCCUCUACCGUCACUACCCGCGCUUCUACUCACUCAAAGGUCACGAAGCCGCGCCUACAGCCGGAGAUCCUGGACGGCGGGUUGACCUCUCGUCGUCGUGGGGCGUGGCUCCCUCCCCCACCAACAACGCGCCUGUUCAAGGUCGCAGCGUCACGCUUCACAGGCGCGGUGACCGGGGAGUCUUCUGGCAGCCAGAACUUGAGAUCUUAGACCGUCGUCUACUGAGACGGACGACGAAGAAGGUGGAGCCUCCCCGUGAUGGAAUCCCCGCUUUCAGUGCGAGAUGUGAAGAAAACGACGUGCACCUUCCCUCACUCGGUUCUAGCGUGUCAUUGGUCAGCCGAUCGUCUCACAAGAGGAAAAAGGACGUGUUUGAGUCGGUGGGCGGAGCUACGCUACACGACGUUUCGAGGGCGGUGUUCAUCCCGUGCGGGACGGGCGCCUGUGACACAACAUGCGCGGUGGAGCGCGAGGCCGGUGUGAGCAGAACCUGCCCAGGAAACACGGGGAUCUCCGGCACGUCGGGGGCGGGGGGCGUGGCGAGACAGCUGUUGCUGCAGACAGAGGGGAGGAGGAGGGUCACGCCUCACAGGUCAAAGAGCGUGCUCGUCGUGGGAGGAGUUGUGGCGGCACGGGGUGUGGUCAGGACUCAUGGCUCCACCCCUUCCGGCGCGUGUUUCCUCGCGCAGUGCCGAGCGCCGUCUGGUGUGAGGAGCGCGGACGUCCCGCGCCGUCUGGGCAUGUGUAAACUGCCGCGCAUACAGCACGUGCCGACGGCGGGAGGAGAAGGAGAAGUAGGAAGAGGAGGAGGAGGGAAAGGAGGACGGGGCGCGCGGUCAGAGCAAUCAUGCCUGGGUCAACUGUGGCUAAAGGAGGGCAUGGAAGACAGUCUCUGCUACGAGGAAGAGAGGCAAGAUGACAGCCUAACAGGAGAGGGAGAGGACAACUUUUUGCCAUGGAAUGCGGACGACGAGGAGAAUACUAAGUCGGAGCCCGGGGAUGUCCUCUGGUCCUCUAGAGGGUUCAAUGACCUCCCGGCGAGCUGUGACGACGAACAACCAGAAUGUGACUGUGACGUCAGCGCAGCGGAGGGUCAGACACUGGAGAGUGGCUCGUGCACAUGUAAGGAAAACGGCGAGCACACAGGCGGAGAAAGGAUAUCUGCAGGCGAUAUAGGAGGUUUAUCUGCAGGAGACGAAAAAGGUUCAUCUGCAGGAGACGAAAAAGGUUCAUUUGCAGGAAACGCAAAAAGGUUAUCUGGAGGACAUACUUGGACUGCCGAAAGAACAUCAAAAACGGCGCCCCAGAGCGGUGAAGAAGGAAGAGGAAGAGGAAGAGGAAGAGAGGAUGAGUCGGAAGCGAUUGCAACUGAGGAGGGAGUGGGGAGAAGUGUAUCCAGAGAGGCCGAUGAGGGGGAGGGUGUGGGGGGAAAUGUAGCCAGAGAGGCCGACCACAGGGAGGAGAGUGACGUCGGCGGCGAGGAGAGGAUCCACGUGACGAUCCCGUGGAGACAGGCUGUGCUGGAGUGGAAGGUGAGCAGCAGAGAUUUGCCCGCAAGCGCACAGGAAGGGUGCCGAGUCUACCACGUGACGGAGAGACCGCUAGACGAACGACAAGCCCCCUCCCACCAGAAGCCCAAGCCACGCGGAUCAGAGUCGGUACCACGUGAUGUGGUACAGGAGCGCUUGACAUCACUUCCGGCGCGGCGGAGUCGGAUGUUGGAGGAGAACAGAAGGAGGCUGUGUGAGAGGUCCCGGGUGGGUGGGGAUGUGCCGGCGGUGUGUUUCAAUGCAAGCACGGUUGAGAAUGUUCUGUCAGAUGACGGCGCGCAUUUGCCACUCCCUUUAGCCAAUGACACAGUUCUCGAAGGCAGAGGGGCGCAGUUGUUUGAAAGAACUGAUGUGGAAGAGAGGUUUAGAACAAGUGAUCUCAGAACAGUUUUAAAAAGACAAAAGUGGCAACGUUUAAAACAGCCUGGUAGCUGCGAUGUGUUCCCUGGAGGCACGACAUAUGGAAGCCGUCCAAGAGCGACAGAAGAAAACUCCGUGGAUGUGACGAGCUUCCCUUGUGUGGAACAGCACCAGGAGAUUCACGGUCCUGUAGGAGAGACACACCGGCCAGCAGCUGAUGAAAACCACCCGGCAACCAGCGUUAUUCCCGAGGACAGAAACCACGCGCCUUGUUCUGCUGGCAAGUCAGAAGACCCUCAGCAGCUGGGCAAAGUUCUGUCACGUUUGCCAAGUACGGGAACUCUGCUACGUCCAUGGGAAGCCUGGGAUCAGACGUCAGCACAGACACAGCACAGCGCUCUCUGCCCCGCCCCUUUACUUCCUGCAUACGGGGACACGAGUCAUGUGGUCAGAUCAAAAACCGUUGUACAGAAGGGAGAUGGCGCAAUCAGUCAGAGUGAUCAGGACUUCCCUCCUGACGACUUACAACAGGACGCCUCUAGCAGGCGUGACAGAGGAAGUGACAGCGGACGUGGCAGCCGGCAUGAUAAAGAAAGUGUCGACUACCCCAGGACUGUACUAAGCGACACACCCAACGCAGACUCCACACUGAGCGAACAGAGCAAAGACACGCACGAUGAAAUCUGUGCUGUGAAAAAUAGAAACGUCAGUGAAAUCACAGACCAAGAAGGCACAGGUAUUGACAAACUAAACGCAGCUGCCAAGUCCAGAAGUACAGAAGAAACGUGUGCAGUUGGCAUACAUGUUGAGGAAACGUGUGCAGUUGGCAUACAUGUUGAUGGGACGUCUGCAGUUGACAUACAUGUUGAUGGGACGUCUGCAGUUGGCAUACAUGUUGAUGGGACGUCUGCAGUUGGCAUACAAGUUGAUGGGACGUCUGCAGUUGGCAUACAUGUUGAUGGGACGUCUGUAGUCAGCAAACAUAUUGAGGAAACAUCUGCAGUUGGUAUACAUGUUGAGAAGAGAUCUGGAGGCAGCAUACGUGUUGGGGAAACGUCUGCAGUUGGCAUACACGUUGAGGAAACGUGUGCAGUUGGCAUACAUGUUGAGGAAACGAGCAAGCGGGAAGACUCAGAUUCCGACGACGCGUGUUCCUCCCCACUCUCAAGCUGGACAGCGGCGGCCUGGGGCGAGAGGAAUGACGACGUGGGUCAUCAAAACGUCUGUGCGGGUUCCAGGGGCCUUGAGGGUGGUGAUGCUGAGAGGAACCGGCACUUGAACUGCUUUCUGUCGACAGACGAGAAUUUUGGCCUGGGUGGUGCGCACUACGAUUACCGGAAAGAGUACAAGACGGUUGACCCAAAGAUCACUGCUGGUCAGACGGCCCGGGUACCUCUUGUUCCCGCCAAAGUGAAUCUUCUGUUCUCGGGUAGUGGCUCGUUACAGCACGAGUUGCCAGACACCGUAGGGGAAGCUGUCGACUCCAAGCACCGCAUCAAUAGCUGGAAAUGUCACCGUGGAAAAAAAUCUCUCACCCACCUGGCUUGUUCUUUCCAAAAUCUUGCGAGAAUGAUGUUUCCUGAUGGAAUACCGCCAUAUCUGACAGCUGUUUCAGAUCUCAAUUACUCUUUCCUCCCGCGGUCUUUGAAGCCGUUCGACGUCCACUUGAUAAACGACUCGUUGAAACUUCUGGAACAGGCUCGUUCUGGGAGGAAGAAGACGACGAGCUGUAUUGAGUUGUCAGUGGAGGGUCAGGGGGUGCCGUGUGGGUGUCGGGCGUUAGAGAGAGGGACACAGUUACAGGCAGACGUGACAGACGACAACCUGACUCUGCUACCGCUGUGCGAGAGCUGCAGACGAGAAUGUGGUCUUCUCGCAGACAGAGACGAUUCUUGUAGUCAAUGUGCGGAUUUUGAAGCUCCCGCAGAUGGAGGUGGAGGUGACAUUUUACGUUGUAAUCACGUUAUCCGAGGAUGCUGCGAGAAGUGCUCCAAAGUCUACGAGUUUCUCACAACGAUGAAGAUGAACGGACAAAACAAUGACCAGGGAGGACAUAACUUUUGGGGUUGGGAGUCCACAGAGUUAUAGGCACAAGUGGGCCAUUCUGUGUCGUGACACCGACAUGAUAAAUGAGAGGCAGCGAGGUGGAAUCAGGCUCACGUAAAUUUUUGGGCAUGUAGAGUUAUUGGUAUCAUCUUAACGCUUGUC